AUUUUCAAUUUUUUUCCCAACAAAUAUGCGAAAAAUAUUACUUUCCACCUAGAAUUAAUCAAAAUUUCGCAAACUAUCAUAAAGUACUUCCUUGCGACAAUCAUUUGUGAAGCUUUCAAAACUUUUGGCUGAUUUUUUUUACCCUAAAUUAGCAAAAACCAAACAUUUUAUUGUUUGCAUGCACCAAUGCACAGGAGGCUAAUCGCCAGAUUAAUUCACACCUGUCCAAUCUCAAACAAUAGGAAUGAUGGAGUCUCCCUCUACUCAAAACAGAGUGUGCUAGGCCUGCCAUUGCUGGUAAUGCGGGAGUCUAACCUGGUCAUCAGCUGACCUCAAGGGAUCAACCAGUUGGUGAAUGCAGGCACACCUGCCACUGUUGUGAAAAGAGAAUACUUCUGAUAUUAGGUUUGUGUAUCGUCAGCCUGAUAGACUCGAAGAUGUCAAAGAAGCAAUUGCCUCCAGGACCACGUGGAGUGCCCAUUUUCGGUUACCUACCAUAUAUACAAAAGGAGGGCAGUUUUGCCCGCAUCGCCAAGAAAUAUGGGUCAGCUUUAAAGUCGAAUUUUAUCUUCAUUGAUGCGUAUUUUGCGAAGGUAGUGAUUGUUAACUCAUACGAUGACAUCAAAGAAGUGUUUGAAAAAAGGGAAGAACUUGCUGCUUAUCGUACGCGAGACAACAUGUUCACCAAAUUUCACCCAGGACAUCAGGGCUUGAUCUUCGCUAAUGAUGACAUGUGGAAGAAGCACAGGGAGUUCUCUAUGAGCGUGCUGAGAGAGUCGGGGAUUUGCAGGGAGGCGGUCGAGCGAAGCAUCGUGGAGGAACUGGGGCAUCUUCUCAGCGCUAUGGAAGCGACCGAGGAAGGCCCAACUUAUCCCAAACAGAUGAUCAAUGAAGCUCAUCACAACAUUAUGUGCUCUUUGAUAUUUGGAAAGCGCUAUGCCAGUAAUGACGAAGACUUCGUGAAUCUCUUGAAGUAUAUGGGUACAAUAGUUGCAGGCUACGGGAAAUCCUUAUUCAUGAAGCCUUGGAUGUGGUAUCUCCCUGAAUUCCUAGAUAUACUUGGUCUCAAAGCACAGCAGCGCAACGUGGACGGGCUUUUCAAGUUCUUUGAGAACAAGAUAGAAGAGUGUAAAGCUGAGUUUGACCCGAGUGACAUCAAGAGCUUCAUAGAUGCCUAUCUACUACAAAGGCAAAAAGGCACGGAAGAUUUUACUGAUUUUCACCUCAGCUGUGACCUCUUGGAUCUGUUCUUCGGAGGAGGAGAGACAACAUUGGCCACGCUAUCGUGGGCAUUGAACUACAUGGCCAAGUUCCCUGAAAUCCAGACACGUGUCCAAAGUGAGCUUGAUGGUCAGAUUGGAAGAGACCGCCUCCCCACCUUGAAGGAAAGAGCCGAGCUUCCCUACACUAACGCAGUGUUUAUGGAAAUACAGCGAAAGGCCUCGGUUACCCCGCAUGGUGCGUUCCACUGCAAUGACGCGGAAGAUAUCGAGGUUGGUGACUAUCUAAUUCCGAAGGGAACCUAUGUCGCCCCGAACCUGUACGCGGUGCAUCAUGACCCCGGCACAUGGCUAGACCCGGAGAACUUCAACCCGAAUAACUUCCUAGAUGAAGCCACUGGAGAGUUGAAGAAUGUUGACCGACUGAUACCUUUCGGAUAUGGCCGGCGUACCUGCACUGGACAAUCAGUCGCCACUGCCGAGCUAUUCCUCCUCUUCACCGGUUGCCUUCAGCGAUUCACUGUUGAGAGUACAGACCCAGCAGAGUUGGAUGGACCACCUGUCGGAGCUAUAGAACACCCUUCACCUUACCAUGUCCGCUUUUUGAAGAGAGACAAGAAAUAGGAUAUCAUUUUGUACCGAAUACAUUGACUUUUCCGUAUCCUGGCAGUGACACGUCAACUUCACUCCUAUACAUGUAUGUACUGCAUACAUGUAGUUGUAGAAAAGUCUUGGUAGUUAAGUUAAAUAAGGUUUUUAAAAAGCAAUUUGUUUCAGCUGCAAUUUCUCUAUACAUACUUGGUACUACAUUGUAUGCAGUACAUGAACGUGUGCAGUGUAUUUGCAUAGUAUUAUGCCAUGUUGCAAUCUAACUUUAGUUUCAUACGUCUACGACACGACUACAGUGAACAGAAAGCAGAAAAUAGAAUAAAGGAUUCCAAUAUUAUUGAUUCGCAUGUAGAUAUCAGACCUUUAAUCAACAAAAUCAAAAGGAAAAUAUAUCAACACACAUUUUUGGCAAUUACUCUAAACGGUCGGACUCUCAGUCGAAUUCCUCUACCUGUGCACAUGCACAUGUAGGCCUAUCAUAUUUACAGUUGCAUAUUAUAUACCUGUUUAAUUUUCAUAAAAUUUUUACAUACCUCAAUCUCGCUCAGGCUCCUGGCGUAAAAUGCAUUUAAUUCAUCUGCAUUUUACAUGCAGCAAAGUUUGAAAAAAGGUUUUUCGGGGGUGACCAAUUUCUUAAGUAUUGCCAGCUUGAGGCAUAUACCAUAAUUCGUCAAAAUACAAUAGGGCCGCACACUUUUUCAAGGGGGACAUUUUCGACUGCUACAUCGACAGUGCUCGGGAAGAGCAUCUGCGUUUUUCACGUACCAAAUAUACAAUGUACUUCUGAAACAUAGGAGGACGCCCAAAUAAAACUGUUCUGAAUUAACGGCUCUUCUCUCCGGGCUCUUCCACUUCCCUAAUCUUCUGUUUCUUGUCCUGCCCUGGUGUGUCGUCUGCCUUUCUCUUGUUAUACCUCCUCCGGCGUCCCCUCCGCCCAUCAUGGGACGUACACGACAC